CCCGGUUUAACAGUCUGCGGACAAGGGUCUUUCGCAUUGAUGUCCGCAGCGAUAGUAUUGGCAGCCGUACUGGGCGGUGGAGUACUACUCAUCGCUCGCCGUAUAUUUUCAAGAGGUUCAUCCUUCAAGAUGUUGCGCUAUCCGUCCGGAACGAUGCGUGGAAAGACUGUAAUAAUCACUGGAGCGAACAGUGGCAUCGGGAAGGCCACCGCUGCAGAGCUGCUGAAACUGCAAGCUCGCGUUAUUAUGGCCUGCCGGGACCAGCAGAGGGCCGAGGAGGCCGCACAGGAGAUACGUCAGGAGGCCGGGCCAGAUCAGGGAGAAGCCGUAAUCAAACUCCUGGACCUCGCUUCUUUGAAGUCGGUGCAAAACUUCUGUGAGGAAAUAAUCAAGGAAGAGCCAAGGAUUGACGUGCUGAUCAACAAUGCAGGGAUCUACCAGUGUCCUUAUACUAAAACAGAGGAGGGAUUUGAGAUGCAAUUUGGGGUCAACCACCUUGGCCACUUCCUCCUGACCCACCUCCUGCUGGACCUCCUGAAGAAGUCCGCCCCCAGCCGAAUCAUCGUGGUCUCCUCCAAGCUCUACAAGUAUGGCGAGAUCAACUUUGACGACCUGAACAGCGAGCAGAGCUACAACAAGGCUUUCGCCUACAGCCGCAGCAAGCUGGCUAACCUGCUGUUCACCUGCGAGCUGGCCAAGCGGCUGGAGGAAACGGGAGUAACCGUCAACGCCCUGACCCCCGGAAUUGUGCGGACCAACCUGGGGAGGCAUGUUCACAUCUCGCUCCUGGCCAAGCCGCUGUUCCAUCUGGCUUCCUGGGCAUUCUUUAAGAGUCCCCUGGAGGGAGCGCAGACCUCCAUUUACCUGGCUUGCUCUCCGGACGUGGAGGGAGUCCAGGGGAAGUGCUUUGCCAACUGCAAAGAGGAGGAUCUGCUGCCAAAAGCCACGGAUGAAGAGGUGGCCAGAAAGCUGUGGGACAUCAGCGAAGUUAUGGUGGGGAUCACUAAAUGACUGGCCAGCUAGGAAUAGAGAAUAUCGACACAGAGAUAUCAUGCAAAUAUAAGAAAGAUGUGCCACAGAAUGUGUGGACCAUGCGUGAUCUGACUGGCUGUGAACAAAUAUAUAUACAACAUGAUUUAUUCUGAAGUCAUGUGGCCUGAUGUUUACAUAAAUAUUGCACUUUAUGUUUCAGUAACUCAAAAUGACAAUAUUUUUCCCAGUGGUUAUUAUUGUAGCAUUUUCUGACAACUUAAACAUAGUGUAGCUUAAUUAAAGCAACACAGUGAUAAGGAAGAGCCAUCUUUAAGAGGUAAAGAUGCAUAUCUUUCAUUUUACCAUUGCAGACAUAAGCGUUGAUCAUUAAGCGUAUUAGAGAAGUGAGAUUGUGUGCAAUAUAACACAUAUGCU